AUGUUAACUUCAUCUUUCCUUCCAUCAUUUUUCCUUCCUUCCUUCCUUCCUCUUUCCAUCCAUUAUUUUUCCUUCCUUCCUCUUUUCCUCCAUUAUUUUUCUUUCUUUCCUCUUUUCUCUGAUUGUUUUUCCUUCCUUCCAUUUUGUUCUAUUUUUCUUUCCUUCCUCUUCUCUUCCAUUAUUUUUCCUUCCUUCCUCUUUUCUUCUAUUAUUUUUCUUUCCUUCCUUUUGUCUUCUAUUUUCAUCUAUUUUUUGUUUCCCUCCUCUUUUCUUGUAUUAGUUUUUAUUUCAUUCCUUUUUCUUCUGUCAUUUUUCUUUCCUUUCAUUUUCUUCCUUUUUUCCAUUCCUUCCUCUUUUCUUUUAUUAUUUUUUCUUCCUUCCUCUUUUCUUUUAUCACUUUUCCUUCCUUCCUUUUUCUUCUAUUUCUCCUGCCUCUUUUCUUCUAUUUUUCAUUCCUUCCUCUUUCCUUCCAUUUUUCAUUCCUUCCUCUUUUUUUCUAUUUUUCCUUCUUUCCUAUUUUCUUCUAUUUUACAUUCCUUCCUCUUUUCUUUUAUUAUUUUUUCUUCCUUCCUCUUUUUCUUUUUAUCAUUUCUCCUGCCUCUUUUUUCCUUCCUCUUUUUUUCUUCCUUCCUUUUUUCUAUUUUCCUUCCUUCCUUUUUUUAUACUUUUAUAAUAUUUUUUCUUCUUCUUUUCUUUUAUUACUCGUUUCUUCUAUUUUUCCUUCUUUACUCUUUUCUUCCAUUAUUUUUCCUUCCUUCCUCUUUUCUACGAUUAUUUUUCUUUCCUUUCACUUUUUACUUUUUUGCCUCCAUUCCUUUUUUCCUUUAUUAUUUUUCCUUCCUUCCUAUGUUCUUCUAUUAUUUUCCCAUUCAUCUUUCCUCCCUUCUUCAUUUUUCCUUCCUUCCUAUAUUCUUCAAGUUUUCUUCCUCCCACUAUUCUUCUAUUUCUUCUUUCUUUGUUUCUUCUAUUUUCUUUUCACUUUUCUUCUAUUUUUUAUACCUUACUGUUUCCAUCCAUUAUUUUUCUUUCUUUACUGUUUCCUUCCAUUAUUUUAAUUUCCUUCUUAUUUUCUUUUUUUUCUUCCUUCGUCUUUUCUUCUCUUAUUUUCCCUUCCUUCCUCUUCUCUUCAAUUAUUUUCCUUCCUUCCUCUUUUCUUCUAUUUUCCUUCCUUCCCCUUUUCCUCUAUUUCUUCCUUCCUUUUUUCUUGUAUCUUUCCUUUAUUCCUGUUUUCCACUAUUAUUUAUUCUUUCCUUCCGCUUUUCUUCAAUGUUUCAUUCCUUCCGCUUUUCUUCAAUGUUUCAUUCCUUCCUCUUUCCUUCCAUUUUUUUUUUUUUCCAUUUUCCUCUUUUCUUUUUAUUAUUUUUCCUUCCUUUUUUCAUUUUUCAUCUUUCUUGCCUCUUUUUUAUCUAUUUUUCCUUCCUUCCUCUUUUCAUCUAUUUUUUAUUUCUUAGUCUUUUCUUCUACGUUUCCUUUCUUCAUUCCUUCCUCAUUUCUUCUAUUUUUCAUUCCUUCCGCUUUUCUCCUAUGUUUCCUUCUUCCUUCCUCUUUUCUUCUAUUUUUUGUUCCUUCCUCUUUCCUUCUAUUUUACAUUCCUUCCUCUUUUUUUCUAUUUUUCAUUCCUUCAUCUUUUCUUCUAUUUUUCCUUUCUUCCUUCCUCUUUUCUUCUAUUUUUUCAUUUUCCUUCCUUCCAUUUUUCAUUUCCUUUUUUCUAUUUUUUCCUUCUUCUUUUCUUCUAUUUUUCCUUUCUUCCUUCCUCUUUUUUCUAUUUUUCAUUCCUUCCUCUUUCCUUCUAUUUUUCCUUCUUCUUUUCUUCUAUUUUUCCUUUCUUCCUUCCUCUUUUUUUCUAUUUUUCAUUCCUUCCUCUUUCCUUCCAUUUUACAUUCCUUCCUCUUUUUUUCUAUUUUUCCUUCCUUCCUCUUUUCUUCUAUUUUUCAUUCUUUCGUCUUUUCUUCUAUGUUUCCUUUCUUGCUUUCUCUUUUCUUCUAUUUUUCAUUCCUUCCCCUUUCCCUCUACUUCUUCCUUCCUUUUUUCUUGUAUCUUUCCUUCAUUCCUGUUUUCCACUAUUAUUUAUUCUUUCCUUCUUCUUUUCUUCUAUUUUUCAUUCCUUCCGCUUUUCUUCAAUGUUUCAUUCCUUCCUCUUUUCAUCUAUUUUUCAUUCCUUCGUCUUUUCUUCUAUUUUUACUUCUUCCUUCCAUUUUUGUUCUAUUUUUCAUUCCUUCCUCUUUUCUUCUAUUUUUCAUUCCUUCCUCUUUUCUUCUAUUUUUCAUUCCUUCCGCUUUUCUCCUAUGUUUCCUUCUUCCUUCCUCUUUUCUUCUAUUUUUCAUUCCUUCCGCUUUUCUCCUAUGUUUCCUUCUUCCUUCCUCUUUUCUUCUAUUUUUUGUUCCUUCCUCUUUCCUUCUAUUUUACAUUCCUUCCUCUUUUUUUCUAUUUUUCAUUCCUUCAUCUUUUCUUCUAUUUUUCCUUUCUUCCUUCCUCUUUUCUUCUAUUUUUCAUUCCUUCCGCUUUUCUCCUAUGUUUCCUUCUUCCUUCCUCUUUUCUUCUAUUUUUCAUUCCUUCCUCUUUUCUUCUAUUUUUUCUUCCUCUUUUAUUCUAUUUGUCAUUCCUUCCUCUUUUCUUCUAUGUUUCCUUUCUUCCUUCCUCUUUUCUUCUAUGUUUCCUUUCUUCUUUCCUCUUUUCUUCUAUUUUUCCUUCCUUCAUCUUUUCUUCUAUUUUUCUUCUUCCUCAUUUCUUGUAGUUUUUUCUUUCCUUCCCUUUUUCUUUUAUUUUUCUUCCUUCCUCUUUCUUUCUAUUUUUCUUUCCUUCCUCUUCUUUAUGAUUUAUUCUUUAGAAGAAUUUCACGCAGGUUUUCACGUUCCUUUCUCUUGUUUUCACGCUAAUUUCUCUUCGUUUCUCGUUCCUUUCUCUUUAGUUUUCACGUUUCUUUCUCUUGUUUUCACGUUCCUCUCUUUAGUUUUCUCCUUCCUUUCACUCGUUUUCACGUUCCUUUCUCUAGUUUUUACGUACCUUUCUCUUUCCUUUUCGUUUUCACGUUACUUUCUCUUCGUUUCUCGUUCCUUUCUCUUGUUUUCACGUUACUUUCUUUCGUUUCUCGCUCCUUUCUCUUUAGUUUUCACGUUUCUUUCUCUUGUUUCCACGUUCCUUUCUCUCGUUUUCUCCUUCCUUUCUCUCGUUUUCACGUUCCUUUCUCUAGUUUUCACGUUCCUCUCUUUCGUUUUCUCGUUUCUUUCUCUCGUUUUCACGUUCCUUUCUCUCGUUUUCACGUUCCUUUCUCUAGUUUUCACGUUCCUCUCUUUUGUUUUCUCGUUUCUUUCUCUCGUUUUCACGUUCCUUUCUCUUCUUUUCUCGUUUCAGUCCCUUGUUUCUUUCUUUCGUUUUUUCUUUCUUUCUCUUCUUUUCUCGUUACAUCUUCCUAAUUUUUCUUUUUACUCACUUUUUGUUUUUUCGUUGCUUUCUCUCUUUUUUCACGUUCCAUUCCCUUGUUUUCACAUAUCCUGCUUUUGUUUUCUCGUUCUUUUACUUGUUUUCUCGUUCCUUUCUCGUGUUUUCUCGUUCUUCUCUCUUGUUUUCUCAUCCGUUCUCUUGUUUUCUCGUUUCUUUCUCUCGUUUUCACGUUCUUUUAUCUGGUUUUCUCGUUUCAGACCGUUGUUUUUUCGUUUCUUUCUCACGCAUUUUUCUUUUUGUUCUUUCUCUCGUUUUCUUGUUACUUUUUCGUGUUUUUUUUUAAAUUUGAUUCAUUCUUUUAUUUAUUAUUAUUCACUUUUCAAAAUAUUUCUCUUGAGAAUAUUUCUUUCUACUCCCUUUUUCAGACACUCUCUCAUAAGCUCUUUUCACUUUACCCUUCGGGCCACGGCACUGACACCAACCCGUUCACGUAGGUAUGGGUCAUUCCUCGCAUUUCACAAGUCCCCAGGCCCUUCUCUUUUGCGAGCGGACGAUCUACGAACCAGACUGUCAUUGCUCCCAGCUGAGAAAACGAAGCAGAAAUUCUACUGA